AUGGAACCAGAUCAACCUAUUUCUGCUCAACCUCCAUUUGACGAGGAAAUGGCCAUUCCAGAAAUGCGCCGAUUGCUUCUGCGCCUAAAGUAUUUCCAGUUGUUGCGUCAGCGGAGAGUAACCCCUCAUGGCCGCCACAGAUCUUUGCUUAAGCGUCAUUCAAAUCGCUCGAUUGCUUGUCUCCGUAUUAAAGUGCUUCUUGGUUUGGCUGCGUCAGCUUAUCUUUUGGCCAAAUGUAAUAGCGGUUCUCUCAGUGUUGAGGAAACCGACGACUGCGGGCCAACCCUACAGCACCAGAUUAAAAUAAACACUCUCAAAGCCGUCUUGCGCCAACGCGGUGUCAGCACAGAUUCAUUUUAUGAGCGAAGAGAUUUGGAGGCAUUGGUCGCUAGAACUGGAGUAAUUAGUGCUACCGAACUGACAUUAUCACGUGCUGCAGAUGCCUUUCUGGAAAACCUUAACUCUACUUGCGACAGAGAGGCUAUCUUCUAUCGCAGUCUCACAUCACCGACUUUUGCCCUCCCCCGACCUCGACGCAUGUGUGAUGGAAGCCACAUUGAACCAACAACCGUUGCAUUCAACAGUCCAGGCCUCUUCAUUGAUUACGUAGAAGAUAAUAAAGGGAGUAUCUGGAUUCUCUCUCCGGUUAGCGCGGGCACUGCCGCCAGACAGGCAAUUAAUCCACCGGCUUGGGCCCGUUUAGUUCAUCACCUUUCGCUAAUGGGUGUGAGGUUUGGCGUUCUGCUUUGCGACAAACUUGAGAACAUUUGCACUGAAUACGGGUUCUCGCCUUCUAACCUUGUAAUGGCUUUGCCUGUUUUCCAAUCUAAUUUGAAGCAAUCAGUUGAAUUUAGACGUUUUACCCUUCCACAUGCACUGGAAUGCGACGACGUCACUCCACGUGGCAGACAAGAUUGCCUUCUGCUUCUCGAUCAUGUAGUAACUUUGAUACAGAAAUCUCUAUCUCCUGGAAUCAAUUCUCUCUCCUCACUCUCGCAGCUGCAGCAACACAAGUCCAGUCGUCCUCACUCCCUUCAUGUUAUAUGGGUUCCCGGAGAACGACUAUACAAUCAGUCUUACCCAAUUUCCAGCGUCGAUCAUCAUCAUGUCUUUCGUCCUCCACUUUCUUUAUCCCUGUUGUCUGUCGCAUAUUUUGGUCGUGCGGAAUUUUGGCGAUUUGACGAGUCGAAAAGUACAAUUUCUUUUGCGGACUCACCAACCCGUGGUUCUCCAAAUCUUUCUUCCGCUAAUGAAAUGCUUUUUAAGUUGGGAUGUUCUACAAACUCAGGAAGUACUGAUUCGCGAUAUAUUUUUCUAACACCAGAAGGGUUUUGUAGCGUGCAAUUUGUGCCAUCUUUUAAGCGCCUUAAAAGUUUUCUUCAAUGGAACUCUCCAUCUGCAAACGACCUGUUCGUUUCUGGACUUCUUUUGAUAAAUUCUGUUAUUGUCAUCGCUGAACUCAUUAGGCCAGUUCUUUUCUUUCGGUAUUUGCUUAUUGAGAGGGUGUUUAACGGCCAUUUGCGCAUCAUUUUACAGCAAAUAUUUGGUAGUUCGCAAAAGAAGACGGGAUCCCCAGAUUCUGCUCUGAAGAUACGAAUAGAACUGGUUACAAAUGUUGUAAAGGCCACAUUUGUUGGUUGGAAAAACUACUCUCCGUAUCUGCCUGGGGCAAUGCAAUUUACUCAACCAUCAUCGGAAACACGCUUUCAGCGGUUUUUUAAGUUAACGAAGUGGAGUCUCACGCCAUUAUUCGACUUAGUCAUAAAACUCUUUUUGGUUAAUUUUUUGUUUUUGCUCGCAGCUCUUCCAACUGUAAACCUAAUGGGUCACGUUCUUCCGUUAGCCGACUUUCUUUUACACUCACUUCGCCUGAUUGUGUUUUGGCUGGACCUUGCAAGUAUCACAAGCACUGCAUUCACGUCAAUUGUACUACUUAAAUUGGCAGCCUCAACUCUCGUUCUAGUCAUAAUUUUUGAUGAGUCCGUCAACUGGAUUAAUUCCAGUCUAGCGAUCAGAAGGUCCCGUACACAUCUGAAUGUGUCUUCGAAACGUGAUCCAUCUAAUGUAAGAUCGUGCAACACGUCUUCUGUUCUGGCUUCUUCAGCCAUGUUGGCACGACAUCUUUUCCUUUCAGAUGAUGAGUUGUCCGUAGAUUCGCCCCCACAGAAUUGCUCCAUUUCGGAUGAGAAUGUCGAGCAAAAGUUAAUCUCAAAUGAUGAUUCCCUGUAUGCUUAUGAAACAGCGCGACUCUACCGUAAAGCCAUCAAACUGGAUCGAGCUGUCUCCGAGGCUUCGAGAAGAUCCGACCAGCGUUCGUUUUCCAACCAUCAUCUCUCCUUUCAACACUCAACCAAAUUUAUCUCAAGUCUUCCUGCCAAGCUUUUCAUCUGGAGAUAUGUCACUUGCGCCGUUCCUUCUUUCAAAUUAACUCGCAGCAGUCAAUUUUUAUUUGAAUCAAGAAUCAACGAUCAAAGUAACCCCUACGAUGCCGAUUCAGAGAGCGACGGAAAUUGGCCUGUAAACUCUUUACUAUCUGCCGGCAGACGUCACCGUCAGCCUCGUGUGAGUGGUAAACAGUCAAAGAUUCCUCGGUUCAACUUCCCAACUUGGGUUCUCCCCUGCACGGAAUGCGUCAUCUGCUGGCGGGAAUUCGAAACAAAGAAUUUAAUGGCUGCGCUUUCCUGCGGACAUGUUUUUCAUGCGAAAUGCUUGAAAUCCUGGUUAGAUACUGGGCACAACACGUGCCCCAUGUGUCGAUGGCCAACUCACCUCUCACAUAACCAACGCGAGAAACAGCUGACUCGUCAGUUGAUUAAGGCUAUUGAGGAUGUCUUCUUGCUGCACAGUACGCAGGCCUCAUAUCAUUUACAACAACUGAGCUGGGAUUGA